AUGGCUACCCUCUCUUUCUCCUCUGCUUCUCUCUCCUCCUACUACCACCUCUUCUUCACUGCUCUAGCAUUUCUCAUCUCCGGGCUGAUCUUCUUGCUCACCCAGAAAUCCAAAUCCAAGCACCUCAAUCUUCCUCCAGGACCUCCGGGCUGGCCUGUUGUUGGAAACCUCUUCCAAUUUUCCCGCUCCGGGAAGUCGUUCAUCGAAUACGCUGACGAACUGAGGCUCAAGUACGGUCCGAUAUUCACUCUCAGAAUGGGUGCCCGAACCAUGAUCAUUCUAAGCGACGCCAAACUCGUCCACGAAGCCUUGAUCGAGAAGGGUGUGGUCUUCGCCACCCGACCCAGUGAGAACCCGACCCGAACCAUCUUCAGCUGCAACAAGUUCACCGUCAACGCUUCACUCUACGGCCCCGUGUGGCGGUCCCUGAGGCGGAACAUGGUCCAGAACAUGCUCAGCUCGACCCGGCUCAAGGAGUUUCGAAGUGUUCGAGAAAACGCCAUGGACACUCUGAUCGAGCGGAUUAAAGCUGAGGCCAAGGCCAACGACGGGGUCGUUUCGGUUCUGAAAACCGCACGCUUCGCCGUGUUUUGCAUUCUCUUAGCGAUGUGUUUCGGGAUCGAGAUGGACGAGGAGACGGUGGAGAAAAUGGAUCAGAUGAUGAAAGCGGUUUUAAUCGUACUCGACCCGAGGAUCGACGAUUAUUUGCCGAUUUUAAGCCCCUUUUUCUCCAAGCAAAGGAAGAGGGCUCUCGAAGUGAGAAAGGAGCAGAUCGACUACAUCGUCCCGUUCAUCGAAAGACGUCGUCGGGCGCUCGAAAACCCGGGGUCGGAUCCCCAAGCGACGACGUUUUCGUACCUCGACACGCUGUUUGAUCUCAAGGUUGAAGGACGAAAAUCGGCGCCGUCGCAUGCCGAAUUGGUCUCGCUUUGCUCGGAGUUUUUAAACGGUGGAACCGACACGACAGCGACAGCGAUAGAGUGGGGAAUUGCACAGCUCAUCGACAACCCGGAAGUGCAAGAAAAGCUCUACAGAGAAGUUAAGGCGAGUGUGGGCGACAGAAAAGUGGACGAGAAAGAUGUGGACAAAAUGCCUUAUUUGCAAGCUGUGGUGAAGGAGCUUUUACGAAAACACCCUCCUACAUACUUUUCAUUAACACAUGCAGUUACUGAGCCCACCACCUUGGCGGGGUACGAUAUACCAACUGGAGUGAAUGUCGAGUUGUACUUACCCGCCAUUUCGGAGGAUCCGAAACUGUGGUCCGAUCCGAAAAAAUUCAAUCCGGAUCGGUUCGUUUCGGGUGGAGAGGAGGCGGAUAUAACUGGAGUGACCGGGAUUAAAAUGAUGCCAUUUGGCGUGGGGAGAAGGAUAUGCCCGGGUUUGGGCAUGGCUACGGUGCAUGUUCAUCUAAUGCUGGCAAGGAUGGUGCAAGAGUUUGAGUGGAGUGCUUAUCCGGCUGGUGACAAAUUGGAUUUUGCCGGGAAGUUGGAGUUCACUGUGGUGAUGAAGAACAAGCUUAGAGCUAAGAUCAAGCCUAGGGUUUGA